CAAGAUGGCGGCGAGAUUGAGCUUUUAGCAGCUUCUGGCGCAUCGCGCAAAACUUCGUUGAUAUUUCCAGAUUUAUAAUAUUCUUAUAUUAUAUAAUAUCGGAGAGGGAAAGAGAGGACACUGAGUAAAGCGAGGACGGGUCCAUUAUAUGUCGUAUCGAAUAUAUUAAUAUAUUGUCGAACAGUGCAGAUCUAUGGAACACACGUGGCGCGAUAGAUUCGCGCCUGGGCGCGUAUAAAUUCUGUAACAUAUUCCAUACAACGUACAUACAAUUGGCCGUGUAAUAAUUCAUUGUCGCUCGUUUAUGUAAAUACGAUGGAUCCACGUUUGCACAGAAGAUCCGAGCCGGAAAAGGGACCGGACGAUCGGAUUGUUGAAUGGUUAAAUGAAGCCUCCAUAAGUACCACCGAAGAUGUGAAAGUAGCAAAUAUGUGCAAGAUACAAGAGUUUUUGUUAAAUAAGGAGCCCCAUUUGUUACAACUCUAUUUAGAUGAUGUGCUACAAUUUUCACUAGAUAGGAGUGCCGAAGUCAGAAAGACUGUUACGGGAUUCAUCGAGGAAGCUGGAAUAAAGCAUUCAGAGGCAAUUCCUCGCAUAGUCCAAAUACUCCUCAGGCUAGCGUCGGACGAAGCUCCGGUUGUAGCCAAGCGAGCUCUCAGAGCGAGCAACAGGAUUUUGAGAGCUGCCCUUAAAUGGAUCGCCAGUGCCACUGUUGUCACGCCCGAGAUGGAGUUGGCGUGGACGCAGCUAAGUGCUCUUAAAAUUCAGAUCAUAAACAUGAUUGACAGUGAUAACGAUGGAAUAAGGACACAAGCCGUCAAGUUUCUUGAGGGUGUGGUCUUAAUACAAACCUAUCCGGAUCCCGACUGUCCAAAGAAGCCCGAUGACUUUUCUCUGGAAGACAUUCCGCUGACGCUGAAGAUAGCUCGUAGGCGGAAGUUGGAAGAAGAGGCGAAUCAUGUUAUGGACCUGCUGAUUAAAUUUCACGGGUCUCCGCAUGUCAGCAGUGUCAACUUGAUGACAUGUAUGGGAUCGUUGGCACUGAUCGCCAAAAUGAGGCCACAGUUCAUGCCGAAUGUGAUCCAAGCGUUACAGAGGCUGCAGCAUGAUUUACCGCCGACGCUGUCCGAUUCUCAAGUAACCAGCGUGCAAAAGCAGUUGAAGCUUACGCUGCUUGGCCUGAUGAAACAUCCCGCCAGCAUAGAAUAUGCUUCGACCAUAGCGAAGCAACUGACUCAGCUCGGCGCGAAGGAGCAGGAGAUUAUCAAGGCUUACCCGAAACCGGAGGACGUGCGUCGGAUGAAGAAGCGCCAACAAGUACGUAGAAUUUUAUCGGAAGAAAUAUUUUUCAUCGCACGCACCGCUGUUAACGAUACUUUCUCUCGCGUGAAGGAGGCGGCAGCUGCCAGCGCGGCGAAACGAGUGAAAAUCGAGAACGUUUUGAUAGCCGACGAGGCGGAAGCGGUGCCAACUCCCGUCCCCCCGCCUAAAUUACCAGAACUAAUUGAACUUUCUGAAACUUUUAUUGCCGAGAGGCUCAGCGUAGAGAUUGCGACAGAUUUAGUGAUGGACAGUAUGGCAUGGGUUCCGGAUACGAUGACUACUAUAUUCCAAAGGGAAUAUCAACCCUCCGCGACCACUGACAUCAAUAUACAACGUCAAACAAUCGCUAAACUCUUAGCGAUGCAGAUCAAGCAGACGAAGGCGAAGAAGAACAAGAAAGAUGCCAAAGACGAGGACGCGGUGAUGGAGGAUUUAAUUAAAAAUCCCACCAUCAGCGUGGCCGAGGCGAAGCGCGAGCGUAAACGCGAGAAGGAUCGCGAGAAGGAGAAGGAAGCGAAAGCGUCGUUGGAGGCUCACGAGAAGUCUCUCGCGAAAGCGCGAAAUCGUCUGAAGAUGUUAAAGUUGGGCGAAGUGACGAAGCCGCUUCCGAAGGAGGUCAAAGAGCGUAUGCUGCUGAUGGCAGUCAACAGAAUAUUGCUCUCGGAGAAGACCGCCGUUCUUGGCGGCGUGUCUCCUGUGAGAUCGAAAAUCUUGACUACACUGGCAGCUACCUUUAACCCUUACAUCAAGGAAGCCGUAUUACGUUACAUCACCGACGACAUGCGAAACCGAUUGGACUUGGCUUUGGGUUGGCUAUACGAGGAAUACGCAUUGCUGCAGGGAUUCCAGAGACGAACCACGCUGUGUACAAAGCCUCAAGAAGCUCCGCAUCAGGCGUAUAACUUUUUGUUGUGUACUUUAGUCUCGGCUAUUGACUCGGUUCAGGGUAAAGAUCGUGAUGCUUUGUUAUCCAGAUUGUAUCUGGAAGCGCCGUUGAUAACGGAGGACGCGGUGGAAGCUUUGAAACUGAUCUCGUCUGAUGAAACUAGAGGUCUCGCGCCGCUGCAACUUCUGAAAGAGAUGGUAGUGCGUAGGCCAACGAAGCAACUGGUAUUCCUGAACGUUUUAUUGUGCCACACUGGACAUGAAAACAAUACGAUACGAGAGACUGCGAUACAGCUGGUCUGCCAGUUGUACAGCAGACCAGAAUUGAGUAAGCUGAUCGAGGAGUACGCGGUUCUGUAUCUGGGCUUCCUGCGCCUGCACAACCCACCCGAGAUCGUGUUCGGGCAGGAUAGGGGCAGGCCGCAGAUUGAAAAUCAGUGGAGCGAUUCAACCACGCGUGCCUGUUUAGGAUUGUAUCUUGCGCUUCUCAGUGAGCAUCAGGAUCUCAUUCACGAAUUGGCGAGAGUGUACACAUCGAUGGGAGCAGACGUGAAGCGGAUUGUGUUAAGACUAGUGGAAGGGCCAGUGAGAUCUUUAGGCAUGGGUAGUCCGCAGCUGUUGGCACUCGUCGAGAACUGCCCGAAGGGAUCCGAAACUCUAGUCACGAGAAUCAUACAUAUUCUUACAGAAAAGUCUGCUCCGAGUGCGGAAUUGGUAGCCAGGGUACGAGAACUGUAUCAGACCAGAGUCUCCGAUGUGAGAUUCUUAAUACCCGUUCUGAACGGGCUCACGAAGAAAGAAGUGAUCGCCGCACUUCCAAAAUUAAUUAAACUAAAUCCCAUCGUUGUAAAAGAGGUGUUCACCAGAUUGCUUGGAACGCACAACAAUGAGAGCGGUGUACCUCAUACGUCGCCUAUUACACCCGCAGAAUUGUUAAUAGCUUUGCACAACAUAGAUCCCAGCAAGGCUGAGCUGAAGACUGUUAUCAAAGCAACGUCGCUUUGCUUCAACGAGAAGCAGGUCUACACGCAGGAAACGGUCGCCGUGGUGAUGCAGCAUCUUAUGGAAAUGACACCGCUACCAACAUUACUGAUGCGCACGGUCAUACAGAGCCUGUCCCUUUACCCCAGGCUCAGCGGAUUCGUGAUGAACAUACUUCAGCGCCUGAUCCUGAAGCAGGUGUGGAAGCAGCCGAAAGUGUGGGUAGGCUUCGUCAAGUGCUGCGAGCGCACGCAACCGCAAAGUUUCGCCGUUAUCCUGCAACUACCAGCGGCGCAAUUGGCGGAGGCGCUGCGAAUGGCCAACAAUUUGCGUGCCCCCUUACUAGAUCACGUUGAGGCGUUCACCGAGAAUCAGAAAGCACACAUUCCGCAAUCGAUAAUGGAUGUGAUACAGGGUAAGGUACCCUGUGACAUGCACGAUGAGUUUGAUAUUGCGCCGCCUGGUGAUUAUUCGAAUGAUCAAAAACCAGAUACAAUGGAAAUUGAUCUUUCAGAACCAGCUCCUCCCGGUUUAGAUUAGCAUAAAGUCAUUCCGUUCGGUUAGGAUCAGAAGCCUCGUCCACCUUGUGUAUCCUUAUGUCGACGAAUCCGUUCUGUAAAUGCGCAGCAAAUCAGUUUUCUCGCAUCCGUUCACAAGUCUAGUGCAGUAGUUACGUAUUGCAGUGACGAAAGUUUCCAUUUGACGCUAAAUACGAUCUUUAAAUUUGAGACUUUAUUAGCAAACACUUGGCGCUAAUGUCAGACACAGACACGGUUUAGGUAAAGGUAGAUGAUUUAAUCUGAAGCAAGACAGCAAUAAGAUGAUUUAGAUAACUUCUAAAUAUCUAAUGAUACUUUUGACGAUUGAUUUGACAUUUAUUUCGCUGGCUUUUAUAUUCUCUGACAUUUUAGCGCAAUAGCUAUCUAUAUAUCUCUCUCGGUAUUUAUUGUGAAUAAAAUAUGCCUGACUUGUCAAAUUUAAGUAGUAUCAUAACGAUACUAAAAUAUCAAUAAUAAUCUGUGAAAUAUUUAGUUUUCGAAUAUGAGUAUUUUUGAUAUUCACGAUGAUCUUUCUUUGAAAAUUAAAGCAGUUUGUACAUGUGCGUGUAUAUAUAUAUAUACAAAAUAUGAAUUAUGAGAUCGACAUAAAGCCAUAUCCAUCAAAUACAUUUCAAAUAAAAUGCACACAAUGUUUUGAGAAAAAUUAAGCAAGGUUAAAUUGAAAGAUUGAUAUUUUUAAUGAAACUUAACAGUGUUUAAAAAUAAUUAAGCUUUGCAUAGUUAUUCUUACAAGAUUAGACACUCACGGCGUGACAACACAAGUUGCCAAAUUUUUUUGGAAGGUACCGUUGCAUAUUGUGAUUACUAAAUAAUUAUCUUAUUUGGAAAUAAUCAUGUAAACGUUAUUUUAUGUCGGGAUUUUCUACAGGAUUGCUUGUGUAAAAAGUUUGAACUAAUAAUAACUAGUUAGUCUCAUAUAUAUGAUGCAGUUUGUAUAUACAUGUAUUACAUUAUCUAUUAGUCAUUAUAAUACUUAAUUACAAGUUUAAAAAUAUAUAUGUAAAAAACAAUUAGACUUAAUAUUGUAUCACAGGAAAGUAAUAGAUUUUUUUCCUGAUAGAUAUAUAUAAUCUGCGAGUGUAAAAGAUAAUAAAAUAUUUUUUCUUACAUA